GGUGUCAGAACCCGGAGAGCGCUGGCAGUUCCGCGGUGGGGAUGCUGAGGAGCGCUGGGUUUGCGAGCAGCCCUGGCAACUGCGGACUUCCGAGGGGCUCCGGGCCGUGAAAACCCCUGCGCCGCGGCCAAUCCCAGGCUCCCGAGGCCAUUCACCAUCCAGCAGCCAGACGAGCGGGGAGUCCAGCGCAGCGGCGGCCGUUCCCGGAUCCUGGGCUUUCGGAGCGUUCUGGAACCCCGAGAAACACCCCGGGGCUCUAGAACCUCCCCAGCGGCCCGCAGUCCCGGCUUCCUGCGCGCGUCGGUCCGAAAGCCCCUCGGGUGCACGGGCGGUCUGCGAGCCGCGGCUGGGUCCUGGCGCACACCAUGAUCGUUGCGGACUCCGAGUGCCGCGCCGAGCUGAAGGGCUACCUGCCCGGGGCCGGAGAGGAGCAGAGGGAGAGCCGGGCUCGCCGAGGCCCUCGAGGGCCCAGCGCCUUCAUUCCAGUGGAGGAAGUCCUUCGGGAGGGAGCCGAGAGCCUUGAGCAGCACCUGGGGCUGGAGGCGCUGAUGUCCUCCGGGCGGGUGGACAACCUGGCAGUGGUGAUGGGCCUGCACCCCGACUACUUUACCAGCUUUUGGCGCCUGCACUACCUGCUGCUGCACACGGAUGGUCCCCUGGCCAAUUCCUGGCGCCACUACAUCGCCAUCAUGGCCGCCGCCCGCCACCAGUGUUCCUACCUGGUGGGCUCCCACAUGGCUGAGUUUCUGCAGACUGGCGGUGACCCUGAGUGGCUGCUCGGCCUCCACCGUGCCCCUGAGAAGCUGCGCAAGCUCAGCGAGAUCAACAAACUGCUGGCACAUCGGCCGUGGCUCAUCACCAAGGAGCACAUCCAGGCCUUGCUGAAGACAGGCGAGCACAGCUGGUCCCUGGCUGAGCUCAUCCAGGCCCUGGUCCUGCUCACCCACUACCACUCGCUAGCCUCCUUCGUGUUCGGCUGUGGCAUCCUCCCUGAGGGGGACCCCGAGGGCAGCCCGGCCCCCCAGGCCCCUUCACCCCCCCGUGAGCAGAGCACACCCCCCAGCAGGGACCCACUGAACCACUCUGGGGGCUUUGAGGCCGCCCGCGACGUGGAAGCUUUGAUGGAGCGCAUGAGGCAGCUGCAGGAGAGCCUGCUGCGGGAUGAGGGGGCCUCCCAGGAGGAGAUGGAGAGCCGCUUUGAGCUGGAGAAGUCAGAGAGCCUGCUGGUGACCCCCUCAGCGGACAUCCUGGAGCCCUCUCCAAACUCAGACAUGCUGUGCUUUGUGGAAGACCCCACUUUCGGAUAUGAGGACUUCACCCGGCGGGGGACUCAGGCGCCCCCCACCUUCCGCGCCCAGGAUUAUACCUGGGAGGACCAUGGCUAUUCACUGAUCCAGCGGCUCUACCCCGAGGGUGGGCAGCUGCUGGAUGAGAAGUUCCAGGCAGCCUAUAGCCUCACCUACAACACCAUUGCCAUGCACAGCGGAGUAGAUACCUCCAUGCUCCGCAGGGCCAUCUGGAAUUACAUCCACUGCGUCUUUGGCAUCAGAUAUGAUGACUAUGACUACGGGGAGGUAAACCAGCUCCUGGAGCGGAACCUCAAGGUCUAUAUCAAGACAGUGGCCUGCUAUCCAGAGAAGACCACCCGAAGAAUGUACAACCACUUCUGGAGGCACUUCCGCCACUCAGAGAAGGUCCACGUGAACUUGCUGCUUCUGGAGGCCCGCAUGCAAGCCGCCCUGCUCUAUGCCCUCCGCGCCAUCACCCGCUACAUGACCUGACUCGUGUGCAGGACCUGGGCCUGGAGCAGCUGACCCUGGGGGCAUCCUUCUCCCUGCAAGGACUUCUCUGUCUGGAGACAGACCCUAAGCCUGCCUGUCCCACGCCCGCCCACCCUAUUCUGGUGGUGGGCCCUGUGUGUGAUGUGCAGCCUCCGAGCCACACCCUCCUUCUCACUGGAAUGGACAGGAUCAUUGCACUGACUCUGGGAUCUCAGCUCUGCCCCUGGGAGCUGGAAGAGGACUAGCAAAUCUCCAGGCGCCAAGGCCCUUCUUCCUGCCCCUACCCCCAGAGGCCAAGGGCACAGGAAGGGAAAUGGGCUGAGCUCAGACUUGUGUGCCAGCAGGCGGGGGCCCAGGCAGCAUGAGUACUUUGGCCUUCCUGGCCUGGGAAGUCCCUGGCUGGCCCCCAAGGGAGAGGGGCAAACACCUCCAGGGACUGACACUCCAAGCGGCUUUGCCUUUCCUCCUGCUUCCUCAUUCUCAGACUUCAUUACCUCCCACCUGCCAUUCAUCCAUCAAUGUGAAAGCCAGGGUCACAGCUGGUUUGUGCAUCCGGCUCCCCAAAAGCCUGUUCUGUUAGGCAGCCUGCAGGCCUCUCGUUCCCUGGUUGCCCCAGUCUUUCUUCAGUUCCUUUGACCUCCUUUGUUUGCCCUUUUACCCUUUUCUCCCACACCUGGUGGUAUGAGGCCCCAGGAGAGAGACCAAGCACAUCAAACAAGCAGAUUAUCUCUAGAGAGCCUGGACUCUCUGUUGGUCACUUUGCUUUUAGAAGAGGAGGGAGUAUUAUGUUAUACAUUCUCUGUAUUUUGGUUUUU